AUGUCUUCUCACCGAUCCGACAACGAAAGUGACACCGAAGUUUUUGUUGAUGCCGAAGAAUCACUUGACCAAAAUACUCUUACUACUACAAUAUCUUCGGAUAAUAUCAAUGGAUUAGAGUCGAACACUUCUAAUAAUGAUAGUGUUCAACCGGAUCCAACUCUUUCAAAUAAACCAGCACCCAUAGCAAUUCCUCAGAUCUCUGUGACAGACAUGUCUUAUGAAGAUAAAGAGUUAUCAGAUUUAACAAAGGACCAGGAAAAUGUUGAUAGUGAUGUGACAACGGAUAAUGAAGAUAAUGAAGAUGAACCUGUUGAUGUCACUGUUUAUGUUAAAGAUUUGGAUACUGGCGAGAAAAAACCAGCAUCCGAUCUUGAAGAAGAACUUAAAAAAUCAAAUGUAAAUAUUGAUCCAUUAUCUUUUCAAAUAAUGCAACGGACAGGUUCAGAUACAGAAAUGAAUCAUGAUGAAAAUCACACAAGAAGCAUAAGCGAUGAGGACAUUAAUACUACUGAAGACAAACCUAAUAGACGAAAAUCAUUUUUAAGUCGUUUAAAACGAACGCCUCAUAAUUCUAAAAAUGACAAAAAUAAUGACGAGGGUGGGGAUGAAGACGACGGUAUUACUGGAAAUACCGCGCCAGUAUUUUCCGAAAAUGCAGAUGGUUUUGGACGUGCUCAGCCUCGAUACAUAAAAACUCGAGCACGAAACAAACCAAUUAAAGAAUUUGAUCGACUUUUUCUUGCCCAAGAAUUGUAUAAUCCACUUUCUAGUGAUGAUG